AUGGAAUUGAUGGAUUUAUCGGCGCCAGAAGUGAGUGAGGAAGAAUUGGAACUAUACGACUCAUUUGUUGAAGAAGUUAGGAAAGGUCAGAGAGGGUCAUCGAAUCGGCCAAUCCAACGAGUGAGUGCUAAACGGAAAUUGCAGUCUGAUGUUCGUGAAGAAAUAACGGACUUGAAAAAACGAAAAAUGACCUCAAUGGAUUUGGAAAGACAUGUGAGAACUCAUACCGGUGAAAGGCUGCACAUUUCGAGAUGGAAUGAAAGUUUCUCCGAUUUGUCGCAUUUGAAAAACGGCACGAUGAAUGGUAUCGGUGGAAAGCCGCUCGGUUGUUUGGCAUGGGGGAAACGUUUCGCUGUGUCAUUUCGUUUGCAAACUCAUAAUUAUUCGAAUGAAAGAAAAGUUCCUUUCGCCGAGAUAAAUCGAAAAGACGGAAGCUAA